UCUUUAAAGAGGCGAAAUUCUCACGACUGGAUGUCAUCCACCAAGUGUGUUUAUCAAGACAGGUCAGACCGUGGAGGGAAACACUGACAAACACACCGACUCCUCAAGGACCGAACUUUUUCAGUACACCUCAAGAAAGGAACUAAUAAACCGAGUGAUUAGUCUUACUCAAGUCACCUGCAAAGGUGGAAAGCGAAUUUCUGUGAACUCCUGACUUCCAUCUGCCUUGAAACAUGAAUCGGUCAGCACAAAUGGACUUGAUGUUCCUCCUUUUGAUGUUCUCCCAGAACAAGCUGCUUCUGGCCGAAAACUCGGAAGAUGGCUACCAGGAACAUCUCAACCAUAUCGGCGAGCAUCAGGCCACACGCAACCAAAUAGCCAUGGCCCAGUACCAGUGCUUCCAGCGGAUGGUGAGAGAAGACUGGUACCGCAGUAGCAAAAUGACGGUGCCAGUGUGCAACACAACAUGGGAUGGAUGGCUGUGCUGGGAUGAAACCGAAUUAGGACUCACAGCAGAGCAGGGCUGUCCAGACUACUAUAAAGACUUUGACCCCAAUGCAAUGGCGUCCAAAGUCUGCACGGAAACGGGCGAGUGGGGCCGCCAUCCGGAGAGCAACCGGACCUGGACAAACUUUACCAACUGUAAAGCCAACACAACACAGCACGGCACGGCGGCGAUGACUCACUUCUACCUGGUCAUGAUUGGCCACGGACUUUCGCUGGUCUCAUUGAUAAUAUCACUGGCGAUAUUCUUCCAUUUUAAGAGUCUGAGCUGCCAGAGGAUCACGUUGCACAAGAACCUCUUCGUCUCGUUUGUCCUGAACUCCACGAUCACCGUCGUGUGGCUGACAACCGUGGUCAAGAAACAAGGACACACGCAUAACGACUCGGCCAGCUGCAAGCUGCUCAUGUUCGUCCACCUCUACCUGCUGAGCUGCAACUACUUCUGGAUGCUGUGCGAGGGCAUCUACCUGCACACGCUGAUUGUGGUGGCCGUGUUCGCCGAGAAGCAGCACCUGAUGUGGUAUUACCUGCUGGGCUGGGGUUUCCCGCUGGUGCCGGCGGUGUUGCAUUCAAUAGGACGCCACUGCUACUACAACGACAAAUGCUGGGUCAGCUCGGAUACUUCCCUUCUGUACAUCAUCCACGGGCCGAUCUGCGCCGCCUUGGUGGUGAACCUCUUUUUCUUGCUGAACAUCGUGCGGGUUCUCAUCACCAAGCUGAGAGUGACCCACCAGGCCGAGUCCAGCCUGUACAUGAGGGCGGUGAGGGCCACGCUCAUCCUCAUCCCGCUGCUCGGCAUUCAGUUCGUGCUGCUGCCCUACAAGCCUCAGGAGCACUGGGUCUCCGAGAUCUAUCUCUACAUCAUGGAGAUCCUCAUGCAUUACCAGGGUCUGCUCGUGUCCACCAUUUUCUGCUUCUUCAACGGAGAGGUCCAGACAGUCCUGCGGAGACACUGGAACCAGCAGCAGAUGCAGUUCGCCGGCACGUUCGCCAACGCCGACCUCUUCCGCUCGGCCUCCUACGCGGCGUCGUCGCUCACCGAGGUCCACCGCUGCUACAGCAUCGAGAGUCACGUCGAGCAGAACAACGGCAAAAGCUACUCCGACAUAUUCCGAUCAGACAGCCCCUUUGUGUGAGCCCCCGACCUACGUGUCCUUGAAGAGGAACUCUCCAUCUUUUUAGUGUCCUGGAGAAACUUUGAUUUCAGCACAUUCAAAGAAAUCUCACUGUGACGUCUUUCCACUGGAUUUACGAGACUCGGGAGUGGAAUCCACAGCGCACGCAGUCAAACUCUUUUUGGUCGUCACGGAUACGGACGGACUGUCGCCGCGUCAAUCUGAGGUAAUCGUCCAGUUUCUCCACACAACUCAAAUACGUGCAAUGAAGACUAAAUAGACUCUCUUGUACAUUCUUUCUUAUUUUCCGUGUUUUUUUUUCUUUCUUAUUUAUAUUUUUCACGCAAGCUCCAACAAUACUGAGGUUCAGAUAUUUGAUUAUUCCUACAUGCUGGAGAGGAGUUGGAAAGAUGACGACUAUUAUAUUGUACAUACGAACCCCGUUUCCAUAUGAGUUGGGAAAUUGUGUUAGAUGUAAAUAUAAACAGAAUACAAUGAUUUGCAAAUCAUUUUCAACCCAUAUUCAGUUGAAUAUGCUACAAAGACAACAUAUUUGAUGUUCAAACUGAUAAACAUUUAUUUUUUUUGUGCAAAUAAUCAUUAACUUUCGAAUUUGAUGCCAGCAACACGUGACAAAGAAGUUGGCAAAGGUGGCAAUAGAUACUGAUAAAGUUGAGGAAUGCUCAUCAAACACUUAUUUGGAACAUCCCACAGGUGUGCAGGCUAAUUGGGAACAGGUGGGUGCCAUGAUUGGGUAUAAAAACAGCUUCCCAAAAAAAUGCUCAGUCUUUCACAAGAAAGGAUGGGGCGAGGUACACCCCUUUGUCCACAACUGCGUGAGCAAAUAGUCAAACAGUUUAAGAACAACGUUUCUCAAAGUGCAAUUGCAAGAAAUUUAGGGAUUUCAACAUCUACAGUCCAUAAUAUCAUCAAAGGGUUCAGAGAAUCUGGAGAAAUCACUCCACGUAAGCCGCAUGGCCGGAAACCAACAUUAAAUGACCGUGACCGUCCAUCCCUCAGACGGCACUGUAUCAAAAACCGACGUCAAUCUCUAAAGGAUAUCACCACAUGGGCUCAAGAACACUUCAGAAAACCACCGUCACUAAAUACAGUUUGUCGCUACAUCUGUAAGUACAAGUUAAAGCUCUACUAUGCAAAGCGAAAGCCAUUUAUCAACAACAUCCAGAAAUGCCGCCGGCUUCUCUGGGCCCGAGAUCAUCUAAGAUGGACUGAUGCAAAGUGGAAAAGUGUUCUGUGGUCUGACGAGUUCACAUUUCAAAUUGUUUUUAGAAAUAUUCGACAUCGUGUCAUCCGAACCAAAGGGGAAGCGAACCAUCCUGACUGUUACGCUGUAUCAAAAACCGACAUCAAUCUCUAAAAGAUAUCACCACAUGGGCUCAAGAACACUUCAGAAAACCACUGUCACUAAAUACAGUUUGUCGCUACAUCUGUAAAUACAAGUUAAACUUCUACUAUGCAAAGCGAAAGCCAUUUAUCAACAACAUCCAGAAACGCGCCCACUUCAAUGGGCCCGAGAUCAUCUAAGAUGGACUGAUGCAAAGUGGAAAAGUGUUCUGUGGUCUGACGAGUCCACAUUUCAAAUUGUUUUUAGAAAUAUUCGACAUCGUGUCAUCCAAACUAAAGGGGAAGUGAACCAUCCAGACUCUUACACUGUAUCAAAAAGCGACAUCAAUCUCUAAAAGAUAUCACCACAUGGGCUCAAGAACACUUCAGAAAACCACUGUCACUGAAUACAGUUUGUCGCUACAUCGGUAAGUGCAAGUUAAAGCUCUACUAUGCAAAGCGAAAGCCAUUUAUCAACAACAUCCAGAAAGGCCGCCGGCUUCUCUGGGUCCGAGAUCAUCUAAGAUGGACUGAUGCAAAGUGGAAAAGUGUUCUGUGGUCUGACGAGUUCACAUUUCAAAUUGUUUUUAGAAAUAUUCGACAUCGUGUCAUCCGAACCAAAGGGGAAGCGAACCAUCCUGACUGUUACACUGUAUCAAAAACCGACAUCAAUCUCUAAAGGAUAUCACCACAUGGGCUCAAGAACACUUCAGAAAACCACUGUCACUAAAUACAGUUUGUCGCUACAUCGGUAAGUGCAAGUUAAAGCUCUACUAUGCAAAGCGAAAGCCAUUUAUCAACAACAUCCAGAAAGGCCGCCGGCUUCUCUGGGUCCGAGAUCAUCUAAGAUGGACUGAUGCAAAGUGGAAAAGUGUUCUGUAGUCUGACGAGUUCACAUUUCAAAUUGUUCUUAGAAAUAUUCGACAUCGUGUCAUCCGAACCAAAGGGGAAGCGAACCAUCCAGACUGUUACGCUGUAUCAAAAACCGACAUCAAUCUCUAAAAGAUAUCACCACAUGGGCUCAAGAACACUUCAGAAAACCACUGUCACUAAAUACAGUUUGUCGCUACAUCUGUAAUUACAAGUUAAAGCUCUACUAUGCAAAGCGAAAGCCAUUUAUCAACAACAUCCAGAAAGGCCGCCGGCUUCUCUGGGCCCGAGAUCAUCUAAGAUGGACUGAUGCAAAGUGGAAAAGUGUUCUGUGGUCUGACGAGUCCACAUUUCAAAUUAUUUUUAGAAAUAUUCGACAUCGUGUCAUCCGAACCAAAGGGGAAGCGAACCAUCCUGAAUGUUACACUGUAUCAAAAACCGACAUCAAUCUCUAAAGGAUAUCACCACAUGGGCUCAAGAACACUUCAGAAAACCACUGUCACUAAAUACAGUUUGUCGCUACAUUUGUAAGUACAAGUUAAAGCUCUACUAUGCAAAGCGAAAGCCAUUUAUCAACAACAUCCAGAAAGGCUGCCGGCUUCUCUGGGCCCGAGAUCAUCUAAGAUGGACUGAUGCAAAGUGGAAAAGUGUUCUGUGGUCUGACGAGUCCACAUUUCAAAUUGUUUUUAGAAAUAUUCGACAUCGUGUCAUCCGAACCAAAGGGGAAGCGAACCAUCCUGACUGGUACACUGUAUCAAAAACCGACAUCAAUCUCUAAAGGAUAUCACCACAUGGGCUCAAGAACACUUCAAAAAACCACUGUCACUAAAUACAGUUUGUCGCUACAUUUGUAAGUACAAGUUAAAGCUCUACUAUGCAAAGCGAAAGCCAUUUAUUAACAACAUCCAGAAAUGCCGCCGGCUUCUCUGGGCCCGAGAUCAUCUAAGAUAGACUGAUGCAAAGUGGAAAAGUGUUCUGUGGUCUGACGAGUCCACAUUUCAAAUUGUUUUUAGAAAUUUUCGACAUCGUGUCAUCCGGACCAAAGGGGAAGCGAACCAUCCAGACUGUUACACUGUAUCAAAAACCGACAUCAAUCUCUAAAGGAUAUCACCACAUGGGCUCAAGAACACUUCAGAAAACCACUGUCACUAAAUACAGUUUGUCGCUACAUCUGUAAGUGCAAGUUAAAGCUCUACUAUGCAAAUUGAAAGCCAUUUAUCAACAACAUCCAGAAAUGCCGCCAGCUUCUCUGGGUCCGAGAUCAUCUAAGAUAGACUGAUGCAAAGUGGAAAAGUGUUCUGUGGUCUGACGAGUCCACAUUUCAAAUUGUUUUUAGAAAUUUUCGACAUCGUGUCAUCCGGACCAAAGGGGAAGCGAACCAUCCAGACUGUUACACUGUAUCAAAAACCGACAUCAAUCUCUAAAGGAUAUCACCACAUGGGCUCAAGAACACUUCAGAAAACCACUGUCACUAAAUACAGUUUGUCGCUACAUCUGUAAGUACAAGUUAAAGCUCUACUAUGCAAAGUGAAAGCCAUUUAUCAACAACAUCCAGAAACGCGCCCACUUCAAUGGGCCCGAGAUCAUCUAAGAUGGAAUGAUGCAAAGUGGAAAAGUGUUCUGUGGUCUGACGAGUCCACAUUUCAAAUUAUUUUUAGAAAUAUUCGACAUCGUGUCAUCCGAACCAAAGGGGAAGCGAACCAUCCAGACUGUUAUCGACACAAAGUUAAAAAAACAGCAUGUGAGAUGGUAUGGGGGUGCAUUAGUGCCCAAGGCAUGGGUAAAUUACACAUCUGUGAAGGCACCAUUAACGCUGAAAGGUACAUACAGCUUUUGGAACAACAUAUACUGCCAUAUAAGCGCCGUCAGAAUUCCAUUCUCAAAGCUUCAACAAUUAGUUUCCUCAGUUCCCAAACAUUUAUUGAGUGUUGUUAAAAGAAAAGGUGAUGUAACACAGUGGUGAACAUGCCCUUUCCCAACUACUUUGGCACAUGUUGCAGCCAUGAAAUUCUAAGUUCAUUAUUAUUUGCAAAAAAAUAAAGUUUGUAAGUUUGAACAUCAAAUAUCUUGUCUUUGUAGUGCAUUCAACUGAAUAUGGGUUGAAAAGGGUUUGCAAAUCAUUGUAUUCCGUUUAUAUUUACAUCUAACACAAUUUCACAUGGAAACGGGGUUUGUACAUAAAUGACACGUGUACAGUCGUGCUCAUAAGUUUACAUACCCUGGGAGGAUUUAUGAUUUCUUGGCCAUUCUUCAGAGAAUAUGACACAUCACUUUGUUUCAGAAGUUUCGAGGCUUGUUUCUGUGCUGUUUGGCGUAAUGGAAGCGGGAAACUUUGUGACAUUUGCGCAGAAAUGGCUUUCUUCUGGCGACUCGACCAUGCAGCCCAUUUUUCUUCAAGUGCCUCCUUAUUGUUUAUCUUGAAACGGCCACAUUUUUCAGAGAGUCCUGUAUUUCAGCUGAAGUUCUUCGUGGAUUUUACUUUGCAUGUCGAACAAUUUUCCUGGCUAUCGUGGCUGAAAUGUCUUCUGGUCUACCCGGAUCCCUUAUUUACCGCCUCUUAGUCAGCGUUUGAACACUGCUGAUUGGCAUUCUCAAUUCUUUGGAUGUCUUUUUAUACCCCUUUCCGGUUUUAGGCAAUUGUUUUGCCUUCCCGCGGCAUAGCUCGGUUGGUAGAGUGGCCCGUGCCAGCAACUUGAGGGUUGCAGGUUCGAUUCCCGCUUGUGCCAUCCUAGUUACUGUCGUUGUGUCCUUGGGCAAGACACUUUACCCACCUGCUCCCAGUGCCACCCACACUGGUUUAAAUGUAACUUAGUAGAAGCAUUUAAGUCUCACCUUAAAACUCAUCUGUAUACUCUAGCCUUUAAAUAGACCUCCUUUUUAGACCAGUUGAUCUGCCGCUUCUUUUCUUUCUCCUAUGUCCCCCCCUCCCUUGUGGAGGGGGUCCGGUCCGAUGACCAUGGAUGAAGUACUGGCUGUCCAGAGUCGAGACCCAGGAUGGACCGCUCGUCGGGACCCAGGAUGGACCGCUCUCCUGUAUCGGUUGGGGACAUCUCUACGCUGCUGAUCCGCUUGAGAUGGUUUCCUGUGGACGGGACUCUCGCUGCUGUCUUGGAGCCACUAUGGAUUGAACUUUCACAGUAUCAUGUUAGACCCGCUCGACAUCCAUUGCUUUCGGUCCCCUAGAGGGGGGGGGUUGCCCACAUCUGAGGUCCUCUCCAAGGUUUCUCAUAGUCAGCAUUGUCACUGGCGUCCCACUGGAUGUGAAUUCUCCCUGCCCACUGGGUGUGAGUUUUCCUUGCCCUUUUGUGGGUUCUUCCGAGGAUGUUGUAGUCGUAAUGAUUUGUGCAGUCCUUUGAGACAUUUGUGAUUUGGGGCUAUAUAAACAUUGAUUGAUUGAUUGAUUGAGAUAUUGGGUGUCACUAUGUAAAGCGAUUUGAGUCACUUGAGAAAAGCGCUAUAUAAAUAUAAUUCACUUCACUUCACACUUCCCCAUGACUCAGAAUCCAGAAACGUCUGUGCAGCACUGGAUGAAAGAUGCAAUCAAUCAAUCAAUCAAUCAAUGUUUACUUAUAUAGCCCUAAAUCACUAGUGUCUCAAAGGGCUGCACAAACCACCACGACAUCCUCGGUAGGCCCACAUAAGGGCAAGGAAAACUCACACCCAGUGGGACGCCGGUGACAAUGAUGACUAUGAGAACCUUGGAGAGGAGGAAAGCAAUGGAUGUCGAGCGGGUCUAACAUGAUACUGUGAAAGUUCAAUCCACAAUGGAUCCAACACAGUCGCGAGAGUCCAGUCCAAAGCGGAUCCAACACAGCAGCGAGAGUCCCGUUCACAGCGGAGCCAGUAGGAAACCAUCCCAAUGCGGAGGCGGAACAGCAGCGCAGAGAUGUCCCCAGCCGAUACACAGGCAAGCAGUACAUGGCCACCGGAUCGGACCGGACCCCCUCCACAAGGGAGAGUGGGACAUAGACGACAAUGGUCUGUCAGAAGCCCAGAAACUGGCUGACCUUUUUAUACACAAACAUUCAUUACAAACAAACAUGUCACAGGUGAGGAUUGGAAUCUUGAUUAGCCAUUCAAACCUCUUUGGGUCAACUUUUGUGCAUGUUAUCAACUCAAAGCCACUGGAGUAUGUAAGCUUUUGAUCAGGGUCAUUUGGGUACUUUCUUUUGUCAUUUCAAAAGAGUAAACACAGUUGUUUGCCAAUAAAUAGCUUCACACAUUUGGAAGAAAGGCUUUUGUGUUAUCAUUCAUAUUCUCUGAAGAAUGGCCGAGAAAUCAUAAAUUCUCCCAGGGUGUGUAAACUUAUGAGCACAAAUAUAUAUCUUGAUGUAACAUUCAAAUAACUUGAUGAAAAGAAGUUAUGAUAUGGGAAAUAUGUCACUAAUAGGCGGAUAAUGUCGACAUCCGUGUUGGUAUCGAUCCCUUUUUCUUGGCAAGUGCCAAAUAAUUUGCCUGGUUCGAGGGUUCCUUCCCCAACCACCAACCUCCACAACCCUCCCCCACUUCAACCUCAGACUCACCUCAUUGUGUGUAUUUUGUUGUUUCUACUCAAUGACGAGGGUGAGUCAAUAAUGUGCUAAAUGGCUGAUUGAAUGAUGUGUUUGAUUUAAUGCGAACAAUUUCAUUAGUCCACCCUGACCCGCUCGGGUAUUUCAUCGGUCUUAUGUGACGAGGAUACCUUUAUUGGCGUCGUGUGAAGCCCGUGAACCCAGAUAAAUACACACAUUAGCCGCAACGUUGUAAAAAGCACAGACGGGGUUAAAAAUGUGGUUAAAAACAGUCCAAGAAUUACGAUAACUAUGUUGAUGUUUGUGUUUAUCCACUUGCAUUUGGAGGAGAAAAGCCUUUUCGAUACUCUAUGUCAGGGGUCACCAACCUACUUCUUGGGUACUGAUUCAUGCGAAGGGCUACCAGUUGGAUACACACUUAAAUAAAUUGCCAGAAAUAGCCAAUUUGCUCAAUUUAACUUUAAUAAAUAAAUCUAUAUAUAUAUAUAUAUAUAUAUAAAAAUGGGUAUUUCUGUCUGUCAUUCCGUCGUACAUUUUUUUUUCUUUUACGGAAGGUUUUUUGUAGAAGUGAAGUGAAUUAUAUUUAUAUAGCGCUUUUCUCUAGUGACUCAAAGCGCUUUACAUAGUGAAACCCAAUAUCUAAGUUACAUUUAAACCAGUGUGGGUGGCACUGGGAGCACGUGGGUAAAGUGUCUUGCCCAAGGACACAACGGCAGUGACUAGGAUGGCGGAAGCGGGAAUCGAACCUGCAACCCUCAAGUUGCACUCUACGGCCACUCUACCAACCGAGCCCCGUACAUACAGAGAUGUAUGGAUAACCUGCAGAUGCAUUUGCAACUAUAUUACAUUUCCUUACACCCACAUUUAAUGCGAAACAAACACUUACCAAUCGACGGAUUUAAGUUGCUCCAGUGUCAAAAGAUGCGAAAGUCCUGAUCGUUUGGUCCGCACAUUUUACCGGCGAUGCUAACGCAGCUAUUCGGCCAUGCUAUGGCUAUGAAUAGCGUCAAUAGCUAUCCGCUCAAUAGCUUCAGUUUCUUCUUCAAUACUUUCAUACUCCAACCAUCUGUUUCAAUACAUGCGUAAUCUGUUGAAUCGCUUAAACUGCUGGAAUCCGAGUUUGAAUCCGAGCUAAUGUCGCUAUAUCUUGCUGCGGUAUUCGCAUUGUUUGUUUACAUUGGCAGCACUGUGUGACGUCACAGGGAAAUGGAUAGUGGUUUCGAAGAUAGCGAAAAUAAGGCACUUUAAAGCUUUAUUUAGGGAUAUUCCGAGACCGGUAAAAUUUUGAAAAAAACAUAAAAAAAUUCAACAAGCCACGGGGAACUAAUUUUUAUUGUUUCUAGCCCUUUUGAAAUUGUGAUAAUGUUCCCCUUUAAUAAUUCAAAACAUAAAACAGUCACGAUGUGGGAACAAAUGAAUGACAAAAUAAAAAGAGUUUGUUGCAGUACGAGUUGGAAUAAGUAUGAGUGAGAAUAAGUAUGAGUGAGGUCAAAAAACUGUGUGGCUCGAUUCCACCGCACCUGACUGCCAUUACCCAUGACACCUUGCGUCCAAAAAGCCCCUCAACACAAAGAUCCUUCUGCCAUAUAUGCACUUAAAACAGUUACGUCAUCAAAUCAUUUUGACAAAUGUAAUAAUUAUAAUUAAAGUGAGCUUUAUACAAUUACUCUAAGCCAGGGGCGUCAAACUCAAACACAGAGUGGGCCAAAAUCCAAAACUGAGAAUAAAUGAUGAAAAAAACACUUAAUUGAACGGUUUACAAGAAGAGAAAACACAAAAAAAAAGGAAAAUUAAAAUUUGAAACAUAGUUUAUCUUCAAUUUUGACUCUUUAAAAUUCAACCGAAAAAAAGAAGAGAAAAACUAGCAAAUUCAAAUCUUUUUGAAAAAAUAAAAAAAAUAAUUUAUGGAACAUCAUUAGCAAUUUUUCCUGUUUAAGAUACAUUUUAGAAUUUUGAUGACAUGUUUUAAAUGAGAUAAAAUCCAAUCUGCGCUUUGUUAGAAUAUAUCAAUCAAUCAAUCAAUCAAUGUUUACUUAUAUAGCCCUAAAUCACUAGUGUCUCAAAGGGCUGCACAAACCACUACGACAUCCUCGGUAGGCCCACAUAAGGGCAAGGAAAACUCACACCCAGUGGGACGUCGGUGACAAUGAUGACUAUGAGAACCUUGGAGAGGAGGAAAGCAAUGGAUGUCGAGCGGGUCUAACAUGAUACUGUGAAAGUUCAAUCCAUAAUGGAUCCAACACAGUCGCGAGAGUCCAGUCCAAAGCGGAGCAAGCAGGAAACCAUCCCAAGCGGAGCCGGAUCAGCAGCGCAUAGAUGUCCCCGGCCGAUACACAUAACAAAUUGGACCAAGCUAUAUUUCUAACAAAGACAAAUCAUUAUUUCUUCUAGAUUUUCCAGAACAAAUAUUUUAAAAGAAAUUCAAAAGACUUUGAAAAAAGAUUUAAUUUUGAUUCCAAAGAUUUUCUAGAUUUGCCAGAAUAAUUUUUUUGAAUUUUAAUCAUAAUAAGUUUGAAGAAAUAUUUCACAAAUAUUCUUCGUCGAAAAAACAGAAGCUAAAAUAAAGAAUUAAAUUAAAAUUGUAUUUAUUAUUCUUUACAAUUAAAGAAAAUAGAUAUACUUGAACUUUGAUUUAAAUUGUCAGGAAAGAAGAGGACGGAUUUGAAAAGGUAAAAAGGUACAUGUGUUUAAAAAUCCUAAAAUCAUUUUUAAGUUUGUAUUUUUUCUCCCAAAUUGUCUUUCUGAAAGUUAUAAGAAGCAAUGUAAAAAAAAAAUAAUAAUAAUUUAUUUAAACAAGUGAAGAUCAAGUCUUUCAAAUAUUUUCUUGGAUUUUCAAAUUCUAUUUGAGUUGUGUCUCUCUUAGAAUUAAAAAUGUAGAGCCAGCUUGCUAGUAAAUAAAUACAAUUUAAAAAAUAGAGGCAGCUCACUGGUAAGUGCUGCUAUUUGAGCUAUUUUUAGAACAGGCCAGCCGGCGACUCAUCUGGUCCUUACGGGCGUUGGUGACCCCUGCUCUAUUUACUGUAACAUAGUUUGGCAAUAUGUAAGGGGAAAAAAAUCUAAAUGUUAAUAAUAACACUCUGUUGUCAGUGGAAAAAGUUAGGACACCUCAGUGGUAUAGACAAAGAUCCUAAAAACGCUGUAAAUAAAUAUGGCUUUUUUUUUUUUUUUUUUUUAAACAUCCACUGCUGGUGGCGUUUGAUGACUUUUGAAAGGCAGAGAAUAUUUUUCUUUUCUGGCACGUUUAAAGAAAAGGGUGGGAUUUCCUCGUCUGACCCGAGCGCUUGACUGCAACUUCCAGACAAAGUGACGGCAUUGUUGCUCUUUGCUCUUCCUCCUGCAUGGGAACACAGAGUCAAGUCCCAGGGGGGAAGACGUUUGGCAGCCUGAGAACAAAUAAGCUGCAAAAGCCAUUAUUGAAACAUAGAAGUUCACCCACAGAGUCUACACACCAAACAGGAUGUUUUACUAUUUGCCACCAACCCCACCUCUCCCUAAUUUACCUCCAUCACUGGAGAAUACUUUUGCAUUCAACGCUUGUGCUUGCAAACGCUUCCUCUUUCUCAGGACCAACGCUUGUUUACUGUCCUCGCGUCCUUUCAUUUCCUCGUUUGUAGCUAUGGAACAUGUUCUACUGAAGUCUACUUCUGGUCUCGUCACCCAGGAUCAAAAGAGACGUCGGAGAAGCUUUGCUAAACAAAAGGUUGCUUUAUUUCAAGCAAGUGUCAUUAAGCAGGUCUGCAGUACCGGAGGAGCCCAGGUCAAAAAAAUUAAGGACUUAUAUCCCGUCUUCCUGUGUUAAUUCAGAAGAACACAUUCUGACCAGGUAAGAUGUUCAUGUGAAAGUGUCUUCAAAACAAUUCAUUUAAGUCAUAACUUAAAUGUUGGCUUUGAGCGAGACAGGUAGCCCUAUCCUUGAGAAAAGACUAUCACUUUUGCAUUCUGAAGUCCCAUUUAGUCCCAAUUAUUUUCCUACGAGAAUUGAUCCAAUCCACCUGCGGAUGUCCAACUAAUUGUUAUCAUGUGCUCAAACUGAAAUACUACUAUUUAAAUAAACUUGGUGGUUUGCUUUCUCCAAGGUAAAUAUAAACAUUAAUAUAAUUAUUCACUUCACUACCAACACUGAAAAAUCAAAGGAUUUAGCUUUAUAAUUGGGCUAAAUCUAAUCCAAUGUGGAUAUGCUAAGUGCGUCCCGGGUGACAUUUGCGACCUGCAGCUUGAUUUCUAUUGCCUCUGCUAGUGAAUGUUCUAGAACAGGGCUGUCAAACUCAUUUUAGCUCAGGGGCCGCAUGGAGGAAAAUCUAUAACCAAGUGGGCCGGAAUGGUAAUAUCAUGGCAUGAUAACUUAAAAAUAAAGAACUCUGUCAGGCUUGUCCCUGACAGUCUAUGUUUUAUUUUUUUCUUCUGCAUUUUUCUUUGUUUCCUAUGUGUGUAGUGUUUCCUGUCAGCGCUUUUAUUUCGUCUGUUUCCUGUGUUUCUCCCUGGGCGCUGUUUCCCCUCAGCUGCCGCUGAUUGGCACCUGUCCACACCUGGUGUCAACCAGCCCGCUCCUAUUUUUACCUGCUUUGUUCCUCCAGUCAGUGCUGGAUUAUUGUAUUGUCGCUCCUGUCGUGUUGUGUCGUGUCUUUGCAGCGUAGCGGUAAGCUACAUUUCGGUAGCUGUUUGUAUCUUACUGUUUUUUUGUUCCCUGCUUCUAGUUUGAUUUCAUACUACAAGUAACGACUUCUGUUUCCUGCUCGUUAUCUUCCAGCUCCCAUGCUAGCUCUUUUAGUUUGUUAUCCACCUUUUGUUAUUACCCUUUUUGUUCAGGUUUGUCUUAGUGUUUUAUUAAACCAUGUUUUCUUACUCAA